AAGGUUUCUAUCGUAAAUGUCGUAUUAAGCUGGUCAGUCUGUUGACAUUUUAUUAAUAGUCUUUGGACAACUCUACAUCGUCAUGUUGAAUAUGAUGUCCAUAAAUGAGGUCUAGGAAUUUGCUUUGUUCAGUCAAAGUCUUUGGAACUACAUUUCCCUGUUUUCUCUCGGCUGUCCGGUGAUACGACAUGUCGUAAAAUUCAGCUAACAACAGCAAAACCGAGAUGGACACUACGAGAGGCGCUUGACAGUUUCUACCUUUGCCUUACUUUGUUAUCUGAAAUGUUAAUGUAGUGUACACAUACAGUAACGUUUAUAAAAAUGGAGGCCAUGGAAGAUGACAGUUUGAGCAUAAAAGACGACCAUAACCACAAUUAUUGUGCGAGCAGCAGCAAAGUCCGAACGUAUCUGAGAAGCCAGCUGUCGGAUGCAACGGCGAUUCCCCAGUCCGUCUGCCUACCGGUGCCGGGAGAAGAACCGGGGACGCGACGAAGGAAAGUGCGGUCCAGCAGCUCUGGAAGGUCAAAGUUGAUGGACUCGGAUUCUGGCAGCGAGAGCAGCGAAGUCAGUGAGACCGACUGUACUGCUCCGCCAGCCGCUGUCGAGGGAAAAUACACCCUCGAUUCUACGUCCAAGUUCCUUCUGAAUGCAAUGGCUGUUGAAGACUACCGAAAAAACCACUGGCCAAACCUAGAGAAGGCAAUUGAUCGUCUCCUGAUUCAAAAUCCCACCGACCACAUCUCUGUUUCCUAUGCACAGAUAUACAGUUAUGUCUACAAGUGUGUUUGUCAGCAACACUCUGAGCUGCUCUACAAUGAUUUGACAUUAAAAAUAACAAGUCAUUUGCAGCAGGUUUCUGCACAUCUACAAGCCAGCCCACCUGAGAACUUCAUUGAGAAUUUCAACAAUGCCCUGACGCAGUACACAGCAUCUCUUCAAUGCAUAGUUCCUGUGUUUAUGUACUUGAACAAGUUCUACAUCGAGUCAAAACUGAACAGAGACUUGAGAGAAGAUCUGAUGAAGCUGUUUGCUGAUCAUGUUGCAGAGAAUCAUGUGAACACACUGAUGCCUCUACUCAUCAAUGCUCAUUCCAUGCCCUUUCAAGUCCAGCCAUCCACGAUGGCUGGUGUGGUUAAAGGCCUCUACAGCCUCCGACCAGAAUGGGCCCAGUUGGCCCCAGCUCUCUUCUCUGGGUUUAUUCCUCAAAUCAACCCACCUGCUCUGGAGUCUAUGUUGGCUGACUACGCCGCUCAUGACCAGAAGCUACAAAUGGAGCUCUCCAUGAACGGCUUUCCACGAGGUGACCAGUCUCGCAAACGGGCCAGCGAUGACUCCUGAUGGCAGAGCCGACAUUGCCAUACUCAUUGCAGAACUGUUACUCUGCCUCCCACAUCUUUAUCACAAGUUGGCUUACUGCACUAGGCACAGUGUAGACAGUGUGUCAGUUUCAUCUCCCUCAACUCAAGGUCACAAAACACUGUGAACAACUACAACAACCUGAUGUUGGGCAUAAGCUUAAUCUCACUGCACUAAAAAAAAAAAGCACACAGACUUCCAUUAUGGUGUAUUUCCGCGCGGUUAUGAUGCAUCAGUAUUUGUGGGAUACAGCUGUGUGCACUGAGAUGGUUUUCUUCACGUUGUCCUCCUUUAAAGAGUGCCUUCAUGGUGUCUGUUCAGGUCGGAUAUCCUACCGAGCGAUAGGCUUACGAUGGCAGUGUCAUUCCUAACCUUUAACAUGGAAGUGUCUUUUUUGAUAGACUGGGCUAAUCAAGACUUUCUAUUGCUGCUAAUAUUACUGUCCGUGUGAUGUUACUACAAAUGCCUCAGCUUCACCCACUGUGUCUGUAACUGAGCGACUUUACUCAACACAAGUGAGUGUGGUAAGAAAUGAGAACAAGGGGAACUGAGUAAUUGACCUCGACUUUGAUUCUCUUCAUGUUGCCUUUACUGUGUUGGUAAACCGGAUUGUAUUUUCCUGUUACGCCAAAGAGGAUUUGCAGUACUUGUUUUUUGUUUUGUUUUGUUUUUUUAAUGACUACAUAACGCAUUAUAUUCAAGAUGACGUUGUUAAUGUUGUAUCCUGUCUUAAGUCACUGAGCCAUUUUAUUUUUUGUACUGACAAGUUAUGAAUUUUAGUUGACCCGUUUGUUAAUCCUGAGUCAAAUUCUAACUUUAAAUAUCACUUGCUUGUAAGAUUUGGCAGGGAUUGCCAUGUAGGACAUUACACUUUAUGCCAGAAAGCUUAGACAGCCACACAGUGUUGUUUGAUUUUUGAUUUUUUUGAUCUCUUAAUAAUACUUCAGUUUGUUUGACAUUUUACAUGAAUCAUCCCUAAAUUGUAAAUAUUUCAACUCUGAUGCUGUGUGGAUUUUAUGAAACAAAUGAUAUGCAAAUAUUGUUUGGCCCAAGUCUGGAUUACUUGUGCAUUAAAGAUUCCUAACAUGUAUAGCCUGUUCAUCAUGUAAAUGUUUUUUGUCGUAGCAUAGUCAGUGUACAUUAGCUUUUGUCAUAGAUGCAUUUCAGUUAAAUGGUUCACUUGAACACGAGUAUUUGAUACAAGGUCUUACACUGUUUUAAGUACAGAUAGAUGCUCAGGCUUGCUUUUUGUUUCCAUCUGUGGGUCUUGGAAAUGGUUCUCACUGUCUUUCAAAUAAACUAGUUUCAUUAAUCAUGGGACAGAAAGGAUUUUGUUUGUCGCUAUUCAAGUUUUCUAUCUAGGUCUGAAAUGUUGUUUUCUUCAGAAAGUAGGCAUUAUAAUAAAUCAACAAUACGGAAGAAAAUCAGUCACUGCAGAUGCCAAAGACUAAAUGUACUGUGUUAGUUUGCUGAGAUUAUGUCAAUUUUCUCUAAAAAGCUGCAAAACUAUCCAUGUUAAAACAACUGGACCACUGUGAGUAAAAGUUCACUUGGCUCAAAUGCUGUUUGAGAAAUGUUUGCAAAGAAAACGUUUUGGUUUUUUUUGUUUUUUUCAAAAAAACAAUAAAAUUCUUGAAUCCA